UGCUGGCCACCUCGGCACCGUGCUGCGCCACAUCUGGGACCGGCUCAGUUCCCAGGAGUCCAAGGAGGCCAUCCUGGGCUGCGUCUUGUGCAUUCUCAACAUGCACAAGAAGGUGGACAACUAGAUUUCGUGCAUUUCUUGGACUUCGGACUUCUUAUUUUUUUAAUUUAGACACCAAAUUCACGUACUGAACUAAACCAUGUCGGAGAGUAUUGUGAGGAAAAUCCAGCCUUUCACCAUCGGGACCAAACUCUCAGCGCCAGCCGUGCCGAAGUGCUCGGACUUGGUUCCAGAUGGUUACCUGCCAAACCGGACGUUCUCGGACAACUGCAAACUGAGGCACCUGAACGAACAGGUGUCUCUUUAUCUCGGCCGUGAUCGACGCUGCGGACCCGCGACAGUCCCGGCGAAGCAUCCGCAUGAAGACGACCACCUGAACAGAAACACAGUCUCUCCGAACGCUGCGUCCAGAUCCAUUCGCAAGAUCACCAUCUCCAGCCGAAUGGAGGCUGCGAAGGACAGACUGACUCCAGGGAUGGAGCUGAAGAAGAUAAGAACGAACUCGGAGAAUAUUAAUAACAACAACAACAAUAACAUCACAACUUCCAACACACAAGUGCCUAAAAUAGUGGGUGUCAGCUGUGAGAAUAAACCCAACUCGCAUUUGAAGGUGUUGCUGUGUAAAGAUGCUGAAAAGCAGCGCAGCGGUGACCGAGAGAAACUCUCCUCUUCUCCACAGACUCACAUACUCAAAACCCAAACGAGGAGGGACGCGAUGGACGGUCCAUCCUGUGAGCACAAGGACAUGUGUUUGGUUUCAAAAGUCUCAUCGGUGCAGAAUGACCACAGUUUUACCCAACAAAACGCCCUGUUUAACAUGGAGAUCACUCAGGCUGAGGCGUGGAUCAGAGCGAAGCUUCGAGACCUGCGAGACGGCAGUAAUGUCCAAAAAUGUCCUCUGACAGACUGGGAGGAAGUUUGUCAAACCCUCCAGAGAGAUUUGAAGGACUUCGAGAACACCGUCAUACAACUCAACCAGAUGGGAGAGCAAUUAAUGUGCAAGCUUAACCCGACGUCUGACCUGGUGAAGAAACAGCUGGGUCAGAUCCGCGACCAAUGGAACGCCCUCAAACAGACGGCAGCCAAUCAAAUCAAGGCGAUGGGCGGAGCUAAGACUCUCCAGGAGUUUAACAAGAAGGUGGACCGUCUGGAGGCAUGGAUCAAAGAGAAGCAGGAGCAGGAACAAUCUCUGGCCAACAUCCUUGGGGAAAACACUGACAAGAUGCAGCUUACCAGGAAGAUACUGGAUUUGAAACAGGAUGAACAGCUCUAUCAUAAUCUUCAUGAGGAGAUCAAUCAUAUGGCUCUCAGACUGGAAAAACAGGGAAAGACUGAAGGAAAGACCAUCUCAACCCGAAGAAAACACAUCAACAAAAUGUGGCUAAAGGCCCAGUCGCACUUGAAAGAAUAUCACGAGAAUCUUCAGCUUGCCCUCGAAGUCUCAUCCUUCUACCAGCAGGCAGAUAAUGUCGUCUGUUCCAUCAAUAACAUGAGAAAAAGCCUCUCUCCAAGCAAUGGAGUGGAAAACGGCAGAGACGGGGAAAUUCGGGACAUUGCCAGUCAAAUCAUGAUGCUGGAUGUGACCGUUUCCCAGCUAUCCAACCUGCACCCGGCGCUGGCGGCCCGGGUCACACAGAAGCAGAGUGAGUUAAAAGACUGCUGGGCCGUCCUCCAGAAGACUCUCAGGAACGAAAAGGCAGCUCAACUACCCUCCACCCCCUCGUUAACCAGGGAAGGCAGUGACCCUGAAACCUCGAGCCAAGAGACGCCCGGCAGCGUGGGAACAGACCCACACAGAAUUAUGGGAAAGGAGGUUAAAGAGGAACAAAAUCGCCUGAAGGGGUUUACGGGUGGGAGAGACGACGAGCGCUACGGGAAGCCUUCAGACAGCCAAGAUGCCGGAGAGAUCCCAGCACGUGCCUGUGCCAGAGAUAUCAUCGUCAAACUCCAGACAGCCACUGAAAGCGGGAACGCGUCGAGGCCCGAGUCCAUCGCCCACCCACCACUCCACUCGCAACUCCAGAAGUUCACCGUUUCUGCAGACAAGACUCUCUCCUGGCUCAAAGACAGCGUUGCGAUGGCUACUCAAAUUUGCAGCUUGGCCGGACCGAACGGUUUUGACGCAGCCAAGAGGCGUCAGGCCUCACUGGAACAGGAUAUCCUGUCCAACAGAGCCAGGAUAGAGCUGGUCAAGAAGGAGGGUCACAGUCUGGUGAGGGCUCAGCAUCCCGGCAGCGUCAAGAUCCAGGAGUUUCUGAGUCAGCUGGAGGUCCUGUGGGACGAGCUGAAGAGAAGACAUGAGAGGAAUGGACUGGUCCUGAAGGUGUCAGAGGAGCUCAACUACAGGGUGGUGCGGAUGCUGCAGGCUUUGGCCAGUCUGGAGGCGUGGCUGGAGGCGGUGGAGCUGUCAAUCAGGCAGGCGUCACUGGCCGGAGACCCAGAGUCCGUGAGCGUGGCGGAGCAAGAGAGCUGUCAGCUGGAGCAGGAGCUGGAGGCCAGAGGACUGGAGCUACAGAACCUCAGACAGGAAAUAGAUCAUCUGAGCAAACAAAGACAUCUUCAUACUCAGCUGCUUCCUGCACGACUGAAGGACGUGGAGAAGAAGUUCAGCAGUGUGCAAAUGGCACUGACCCAACAGAGCUCGGAGCUAAAGGACACGCGGAUGCUCACGGAGUUCCUGGAGAAGGUGGAGCUUGAGGAAAGUCACUACAGCACCUUGGGACAGCCCCUGUGCAGUGAACUUGACUCUGGACCGUCUCUUCUGGGCUUGCCGAGGAGCGGACAUGAUGAGCCCCUGAUGGAAACCAUUGGAAACCCUGUAAAGGAACUCAGAGAAGCUGUGGAGAUGCUCAAUGAUACGGCACGAGAGCGGGGCCGCUCGCAGUCACAUGACCAGAGCAUCCAGGAACUGCUCACCAGGCAUGCCAUGGUGUCUGAACGCGUGGAGCAGUGUCUGCAGCGCUGUGCCGAACUAGCCGUAGAUGUGCUAGAGAUGGAGAGUGAGAUGGCUGUGAGGUGUGAGCCGGAUCGCUGCGGUCUGGAUGGCCUGCAGGAGUACCAGGACCAGCUGGAGGCUGAAUAUGGAGUGUUAAAGGAGGAGGUCGGGGCUAUGAAGAGUCUGGCGAGCCGUUUGUCAGAUGUUUGUCCAGAGAGGAUGAACGCUGUAGGAACUGAGAUUCAGACCUGUCUGCACGCCUGGGAAGAGCUCGGCAAGACUGUGGCCGAAAACAAGAAGAGACUCCGGCAGUUUGGGCACCUGCGGCAUUUCUUUAGGAACUACCUGGCAAUGAUCUCUUGGACAGAAGACACCCGCUCCUGCAUUUUCUCAGAAAGUGCUCUGCGUCAGAGCCGAGAGAACCAGGAGCCUCUAGUUGAGGUUCUGGAUCGGCAGAUUGAACAGAAGUUUGAGGAGUUUGAUCAGCUCACCGUGGCUGGAAAAAAGCUCUUUGGCGACGAGCAUCAUCUUAACAAAAUGAUCAGAGAGAGGAUGGAGGAGCUGAGGAGCAUGCUGGGAUGGAUCCUCGUCCACUGGAGGGCUCAGAAGGAUCAGCUGUUGAGCAGACAGAAGGCUGAAGAACCUCAAACAGAUGCCAUUUACUCUGAAGCCACGGUCUGCACCUCACAACCACAGGUGGAAACCUCAACCGAAGUCUCUCAGAAGAGAAUAGAUAGUCCCCCUGGUGACAUGGAGGAUAGUUUUCAGCACAGUUAUGAAUAUGAGGUGAUGAAGAGUGUCAGUCCUAAAGGAAGCGAUGACAGCAGUCAUUUAGAGAGUCCGGAUUCACCGUACCUGGUGCUGAAGGAACCCAGUCCCUCCGCUCUAGGAGGCACCGUCAACCUCAUCCUCAGCUUCAGUAACUCCGGAGACACACAAAUCCAGGUACAGGCGCCUGGCAGGGAAAGUGGCGUGCCGGUGCCGGAGCCUGUGCACAGGCCUGCUGAGUCUCACUCUUCUGCCUGUAAAAGCUUUUGGAAGCGCUGCCAGGGGCUUUUUGGUAGUUUAAAGCGAAAGAAAACGAUUUAUCGACACAGUGCAGAAGAGGUAAGUACUUACUUGCAUGUUAUGGAAAACAACAUGGCAGUAGCCCCAGUGUAUGAGAGCAUGACGCUACCCCGAGACAAAGCCCCGAGGCCCUCUUCCUCCUCUCCAAGGACCUCUCUGUACGCUUUCUCCUCCCCUUGCACCUCUCCAUACUCAUCGUCCUCCACAGAAGACACCCUUCAGCAGGCCAACAACCCCUCUGUUCACCUCUUGCCAAAGAACGGCAACAUCUCAAUCUUCAGCAGCCUGAAGAGGAAGAGCAAGAAGGGGAAGAAGAAGAAAGAUGACCGUAGACACACCAUUCAGAAGAUCAUGGGAGAAGAGGUGUCAGAAGAGGCUGGUUUGCCACCUGUACAUGAACCGGUGACAUACGAUACGCACACUUGGCCCCUGAAGGAAAGGAAGAAGCGGAAAAAUGCAAGGAAACCAAACAGCGAUGAAACUCAGGUCUUGGAUUACAUGAAGAACCCUUUGGUGAAAGACAUAGAUGCAGAAUGUUCUGGAGAGGUUGGAUCUCCAGUUCACAACACCUUAGAGGUUGCCACCCAAGGACAUGUGAAGAACCACUGCAGGUUUCUGUCCUUGGGCUCAGUGAUAAGCUUCGACCUGCCCAAGGAUAUGAGCCUUAUCCCUAGCAUUCAAGAUGUCAUUACAAUUGGCCCUCCCGAGCAAAAGAAGACAGACUCUCAACACCAGGACUCUCAGGUUGAUCGUCCAACACCUUUGAGCACCUUUAAAACAGCCCGCUCACCUCCAACGCAAAAAGAAGAGUCCAAACAAACUUCUCCAGGUGAAGUAAUCCUUAGGAUUGAUUGUAAAGACUCCAAAAAGAUCAGCGUUGACACUAUUUCAUUUACUGAAGAUGAUUUUCCUCCUCCACCUUCUCCAGUCAUUGAAGACAUCUCAUUUGAGGUGAAUCACCCCUCAUUACUCCAACAGAAACACCUGUCUGGGAUAAGUACAAUGCCCAAAGAAGAGGUAGUUAGUUGGGACACAAUGGGAACUAAACUUGACAACAAAGAAAACCACUAUGUAAGUCCUCCAGAAGAUGCAAGCCAAGGGAUAGCCAACCACAGCUCAACUACAGCAGAGAUUCAUGUAUGUCCUAGCAUCCAUACCUUGGUUCACAAUCUUAAUGGACACAUCUUCCAUAGGCCAACAAAGACCUCAAGCACUCAACAGUUGAGUCCAAACCAUGCAUCUCAGGUGGUAUUGAACUUCAGAGCCAAUGGAAGAGAGGACUCGGUGGACUCUGGUCACUCAAGCUCUGGAAGCUUCAAGUUGUGUUCAGAGGGUUUGUACAUAGACUCUUCAGAGUGCCCAGUGCCCAAGAGGACCAUCGGGAAGGUACCAUCGCUGGACGCAGGAGUCUCCACCAGGAACUUAGAGUUCUCCAAAGACAAAAGCCUUACUUUAUCUAUUGACGUUGAGGAUCAGGUUCACCCUGACCACCAACAGUUUGAGCAGGAAGAGGAGGAGCUGGAGGACAUCUGGAACCACACCAACAGCUACCGACAGAGUCUAAACUCUGACAUCAUGUAUAACGGCUACCAGGCUUUGACAGCCACCUCUUCUCCAGACCAGCACAGGGAACCCUCACCCAAAGAGCAAGCAGAACUCUUCAGGAAGUUGGUCACAGCCUCCGCACCCAAUCUUCUUGUGGCGGAGUUUCGACUGCCACCAUCUAUCCAGUCUAUGAUGGGUUGUGGGAAGCAGCAGAACUUAACGGAAGAGAGGCAAAUUCUGGACAAAGGGGAUAGGAGGUCUUGGGCUGCAUUCACUCAACAGGAACAGGUUUACAAACAGGUGACCAUUAAUGAAACUGCUUCAGAUCUGGUGAAACUACCCGAAAUAGAGGACCAGGAAAAGUAUAUCUACCAUUAUAGAGAGGAGGAGGAGGAAGAGGCGGAGGAGGAGAAGGAAACGGGGUUUCUGAAGGACCAGUCCAUGAGCCUCCUGUCUGUUCAUAUGGGAUUGGAUGGCACCAAUGACUCUGAUAUCCAGAGCGGAAGACAAGAAUGGGAAUUGCCGUCUAUGGAAGGUACUCUAGAGAGGAAACACAAACUACAGCUUGGUGGAAAGAAGGCACCAUGCAGGGCGUGGAACUCUUAUCAUGCUGUGCUGUACAAACAAACUAUAUGUUUCUAUCAGGACAGGAAAGAUACACUCAAGAGCUGUGUGACAAGCCUUCCUCUGAACCUAAUUGGAGCAGUGUGUGAACCGUCACCGGAGUACACCAAAAAACCCAAUUGCUUUUGCUUGAGAUUGCGUGAUGGAUCUGAGUAUCUCCUCAGUGCCUCCUCCCGAUUUAUGAUGAAGAAAUGGAUUCUUAGAAUCCAAGCACAUACGGCAUCCAGUGAUUCUGUAGUGAAUAGAUCGACAUGUCAUGGGUCUUCAGCUUCAGAGAUACUCCCGAGACAUUCUCCUCCUAUCACAGACUGUCAGUAUGGAGAUAAAUGUCACUGCUCCAUGAGAAAUUAUGUCACCACAACCGUUUUAGCACAGAGUCAGCCUGCCUCAGGCCGAACCAAAGAGAUCAUAGUCCACACCAAUGAUGGUCUGCAGAUCCACCAAAGACAUCAGGAUCGGUUGCUCCCUUCAUUCUCAGAUGCGGGUCAUUCUGAGGAUGAGUUUGAGUCUCAUGGUGAGUCUCUGAGACAGAAGUUGUCUUCUAUGUCCACCAUUCAGGGCUGGACCAGUGAAAAGAGACGCUCACACUCCUUUACCUCAGCCACAUAUCAGAGGAUAAAGCCUGUAGCGCCCCCUUCAGGCAAAGGCCAGGACAGCAGCUCCAGCUACUCUGUGACUUUAUUCAUCGGAGAUCGAGAGAUGCCGUCCGUCUGUAAAAGCACUGCGAUGGACGAGCCAAGCGGCGUCCAGCAGGAGUCCUUCUCCGAUCUGCCCAUGAGGAGCUACACGAGUCUCCCACGGCCACGGAACAAAUCCGUCUUCAGGAAGUUCUUUGGGAAAAAGGAGUGACUGACACUUUUUGUGACACGCUGCAGGUCAAAGACCCUGACUGACAUGUGCAGGACACAAGUUCUGAAAAACUUUUUUCUUACAAUUUAUUUAUGGAUUUGAUGGCGAGAAUCGUUUUUUGUCAUUUUUAAAUGAGAUCUUGUAUGGUUGUUUAAUAUUCACUUCUCACUUCAUCAACCGUUUUAAUAGAUAGUUUAACCAAACAUGAAAUUUACUCACCCUCAUGUUGAUCAAAACUAAUAUGACUCUUUCUUUCAUGGAACAUUAUUUUUACAUUAAUGGGUCAAAGAUGAAAAAUGGUUUUCAAGUAUCAAAACAAUAAGUGUAAAACAGCUUUGAAUUGUUUUUCAGUACAUCAGAAUGGGUCCUGUUUAAUUUUUGUUUUGUUUUUUUUCUGAGCAAAAAUUAAAUAUCAUACAUUUUUAGCAUGAUUUAUAGAAGACACCCACUAAAAUGUCAUUCAGUGUAAUAUUGUCAGGGAUAUUUACAACAAAAAAACUAUUUAUGCCAUAUUAAAGACUAAUUACUUUUACCCCAAAUGCUUAAUACUUGUAAUUUUACAUUUCUAAACUUUGCCACUAUCCUAGGUUUUGCCCAUUUGUCAGCAAGAUUUUUUUACUCAUUUAAAAUGCAAUAAAAUUUAGUAUGCUCACUUAUUCUUUUAUAUAUUUUAAUACACACAGGUCAGAAUAAGUAUGUUUUUUCAAUUUUUACAUAAAUAUAAGUGUUACACUGAAUGACAAUGGAACAUUAUUUCACCCACAUUUUGACAUUUUAUUCUCCCAAAACUUAUUUGAAACCUUAAAAGUAGAAGUUUUACUUGCAUUUAAUGUGCUUUCUGUGUGUAUAAAAUCACUUUUGUAAAUUUCUAUUGAUGCGGACAUCUAAAUGUCUUUGACCCUUAUGCAUUUAGCAGACGCUUUUAUCCAAAGAGGAACAAAAGAAAUUUGUCACAGAGUCAUUGCUCUCUGUGAAUCUUCCCUUGGUGCUUUAUUGUCAUUUUGGAGCCUUUUGUUAUAUAAAAGGGGUGUCCAGUCCUUCUGGAGAGCCGCGUUCCUGCAGAAUUUAGCUUGCUUUAUCACACCUGCAUGGAUGUUUUAGCAAUCCCAAAUUACCCGGUUCAGGUGUGUUUAAUUAAGGUUGGAGCAAAACUAUGCAUUAAAAAGUGAGAAGGACUGGACAGAAUAUUCCUCAAAAAGGGAAGGACACAAGAAGAGAGUGAGAUAUUUGAGUUUGCAACAUCCAGAGGGUGAGUUGAGUUCCAUUUAUGGAUUAAUUCUUGCUUUAAACUCAACAUUUUCCCAUGCUAAAAUUUCAUUGUUGUUUUAAAUGUGCAUUAAUGAGUGAAGUUUGCUGUGGACAUGGUGACAGCUGCCAUAAUGAAUCUACUGAUAUGAGACUUUUGAUAUCUAAUGUGUUCAAUAUACCCACCACAUUCCAUUUGAGGUGGUCUGAUGUGUUUUCACUUCAUGUAUGAUCUGUUUUUGGCCUGAAUUGCAGUUUAGUUUCAAUCUGUCCAGUCAUUGUUUAUUUUUUAUGAGGUUUUGGCACAUAUUAUUUGUCAGCUUGUCAUGUUUUUUUGUGUUGGUUUGAGUUCUGUGUGGUCUAGUUCACCCAAAAAUGAAAAUUCUGUCAUUCAUUUAUUCGUUUUUUGGCAAACUAUCCCUUUAACGUGUGUGUGUUUCCAAACUAAACAUUUGAUUCACUUAUUGUAGUGUUGCUUUCUGUAUUUAAACUAAUGCAGUGUGUCAUGUGCGUUUUUAUAGGACAAAGUUUUUUAUGUUCUGGGUCAACUGUAUAAUGUUUUGAGAUUGGUGCGGCCUGAAUGUUUAUGACUGUUUUUACACAAUUUUAAACAUGUAAUGCAUUAUUUUAGACAUUUCGCAGUGGAAAACAUUUUAGGACUAUAUUGAUAUGUUCAGUUUGUUAAAAAACAAAAACAAAGUAGCUGUAUUGUGCCUUAAAAAGAAAAUAAUGUCAUUAUAAGCAUUGUAAGAAAAUAAGGUCAUUACAGCAGUUUGAA